GUCAAGAAGCACUGACCAUGACAAAAUAGAACAUUGAAAGUGGUGUCCAUAUUACAAUAUUUGCUUGUGCUGAUAGUCCCGCAUCGUCAUCGACGGCUAGCCUAUAAAUGUCAUGGCAUCACCUUGGCAUGAAACAGAACAAAUAUCUACUUCCUCCCAAGUUCCGACCAAGCUCACAGAAACCUUUUUUCUUUGCUUGCAGCCAUGCAAAACACAAAACCUCAUGCAGCCUUAUUAUCCAGCCCUGGCAUGGGACACCUUAUCCCUGUCCUUGAACUAGGCAAACGCCUGGUCACUAACCAUGGCUUCACUGUCACAAUUUUUUUUGUCACAACAGAAAACUUCUCGAAAUCCCAACUUCUCAAGCAAACACCUUGUCCUGACCUGCUUAACAUUGUCUUGCUACCACCAGUGGACGUUUCUAGCCUAAUCAGCCCAACUACUGGCAUCCUAGCACAACUAGCAAUUAUGAUGCGGGAGGCUUUGCCACAACUACGGUCUGCAAUACUAGCCAUGGAGUUUCGUCCAACGGUUCUUAUUGUUGAUUUUUUUGGAACCGAAGCUAUGGUCAUUGCUGAUGAGUUUAACAUGUUGAAGUACGCGUUCAUGACUUCCACUGCAUGGUUUCUUGCACUUACAUUACAUAUGCCAACUAUUGACAAGGCAAUUGAAGAUAACCAUGUUAAGAACCAACAAGCUCUAUUGAUUCCCGGCUGCAAAUCACUUGAGUUCAGGGAUACGUUUGAGCCAGUUUUAGACCGAAAUGAUCAGAUGUACAUAGAGUACAAACGCAUGGGGGUUGAGAUGCAGAAGUUUGAUGGUAUUUUGGUGAAUACAUGGCAGGAUUUGGAGGGCACAACACUUGGUGCACUUGAAGAUGAAAAGAGGUUGGGGAGGGUGGCUCAGGUUCCGAUCUACCCCGUUGGGCCACUGAUUAGAGAAAUUACACCAGGUCCGAAGAGUGAGGUCAUAGAGUGGCUGGACAUGCAGCCUAUUGAGUCUGUGAUUUAUGUCUCGUUUGGGAGCGGGGGAGCCCUAUCAGCCAAGCAAACAACCGAGCUAGCUUGUGGGCUAGAGUCAAGCGGCCAGAGGUUUAUCUGGGUGGUUCGUCCACCCAUAGAAGGCGAUUCAGCAGCAACCGUAUUUAAGACAAACCACGGAACUGACGACACCCCAGAUUUCUUGCCUGAUGGAUUCUUGACCCGAACCCGUAAGAUGGGACUAGUUGUCCCACUGUGGGCACCUCAAACCGAAAUCUUGAGCCAUCCAUCAGUGGGGGGAUUCGUAUCACACUGCGGGUGGAAUUCAGCCCUGGAAAGUAUAGUUAAUGGAGUUCCCAUGAUUACAUGGCCACUCUAUGCAGAGCAGGGGAUGAAUGCUGCAAUGCUUACCGAGGAUAUAGGAGUGGCCAUUCGUUCGAAGUCAUUGCCAACAAAGGAAGUGGUGGGUCGAGAAGAGAUAGAGGCAAUGGUUCGAACGAUCAUGGACAAAGGUGAUGCAAGAAGGGCAAGGGCCAAGACUUUAAAAUCAAGUGCUGAAAAAGCUCUGAGCAAGGGUGGCUCCUCUUGCAAUUCACUUGCUCAUGUGGCAAAUGACUGUGAGACGGCCUUCAAAUACCUUAAAGCAAAGGCUCAAGGUGCAUAGAGGCCACGAGCAACAUCCUCGAAAAAAUACGCCUCCAGGUUUCAAUGGCUUUGUUCAGCCAUGCCAUCUCAGAUUCAUCCAAAAUAUUCCUCCAUCUCGAAUCAUAGUGUUCCAAGCAGUCCUCUCAUCAAGCUUUAAUAGGCUCAAAGUUGAUCAGCAUUAUCUUUCUGACAUCAGAACCGGCCGGAAAAGCUGAAAGGCCGGAAGAGACUAACAUAGAGUAUACCAUUAUAUUGUUCAACAAAUCCACUAGACUCCAAUGAAGACGGGAAAGUAACAUAAAUGCAAAAGUAGAAACUUCAACAACACGACAGGAUAUCCAAUCCCCUUGUGCCGAAUGAAGAGAGUGCAUGUAACGCUGCUUGACGACUUGAUACUAGAUGCUAGAAACAAUUAAGAGACUAUU